AUGCGUGAUGGUGUGUGGAGGUUUAGAAGCUGUCGUGAUCCACACAUUAGAGAUGUAGUUCUGAGUGUCUCCGGCCUUCCGCUAUCUCUAUCAGCAGUGUCUGAUGGUGUGUUGUGGAAGUAUGGAGAAGAUAACUAUAAAGAUGUGUUUAUAGCGUCGGAGGUCUGGCAACAGCUACGUGGGCGAAAGGAGGAAGUAAGGUGGAGCAAGCUAAUCUGGUUUCCCCAAGGAGUUCCUCGCUAUGCAUUUAUAACCUGGUUGGCCAUUAGAGACAGACUAGCUACAGGUCAUCGUACUAGACAAUGCUCGGCUAAUUGA